AGUCGUUUUGUAUCAAGGCAGGGUGUUCCGCGGCGCCCCCCCCUCGCCGAGCGCAGCGACCCACCGGCUGCAAUGUCCACCUCCAUCAGCGUGGGGUCCAACGGCGUCGGCGUCAUCACUCUCGACAACAAGCCCGUGAACUCGCUUUGCGAGUCGCUCGUCUUGUCGUUCAAGCAGGAGUUCCCGAAGCUGCUGAACAACCCAGAGGUGAAGGCCAUCGUCGUCACGGGCGCCAACGGCUUCUUCUGCGGCGGCGCGGAGAUCACGGAGUUCGCCAAAGGGUUUAUGAUGGGCAAGGAGGCCUACAAGAAGAUGUCGCCGUCGGUGGCCCUCUACGAGAUGUUCGACAUGAUCGACUCCUCGCCGAAGACCACCGUGGCCGCCGUGAACGGCGCGGCCCUGGGCGGUGGGCUCGAGCUGGCCCUCGCCUGCCACUACCGCCUGGCCUCGCCGAAGGCCUCCGUGGGCUUCCCGGAGGUCAACCUGGGCCUCCUGCCCGGCGGGCAGGGCACGCAGCGCAUACCCCGCGUGGCGCCCCUGCCCGUGGCCAUCCAGCUGUGCAUCAUGGGCAAGCCCAUGAAGGUAGACCAGGCGAAGAAGAACGGCAUCGUGGACGCGAUAGCGCAGGGCGACGACAUCGUCGGCGAGGCGGCGGCGCUCGCGCUGGGCAGGCAGCCGAGCCCCGUGUCGCAGCGCGAGGUGCCCUUCGAGAACAAGAUGAUGGCCGUGGGCGGUGCGCUGGAUCAGGCGCUCGUCAUGGCGGACAAGGCUGCGCCCGGGAUGGUGGCGCCCAAGGCCAUCGUGGAGUGCUUGCGGGCUGCAUGCUCCAACAAGUACAGCUUCAGGGACGGGCUCAAGGUGGAGGCGGAGCAGUUCACCGAACUCAUGUUUGGCCUGCAGUCGAAGGCGCUGCAGCACCUCUUCUUCGCGGAACGGGCCGCCCAGAAGGUGCCGGGCCUCACCGCCAAGCCAGCCCCCAUCAAGAAGGUCGGCAUCCUGGGCGCGGGGCUGAUGGGCGGCGGCAUCGCCAUGUGCUUCGCGGAGAAGGGCGUGCCGGUGGUGCUGAAGGACGCCAAGGAGGAGUGGUUGAGCGACGGGCUCAAGAAGAUCCAGGGGCUCUGGGGGGCCCAGGCGAAGAGGGGCAAGAUUUCGGAGGACAAGUUCAAGAAGUUGAUAGACCUCAUCAAGCCGACGCUCAAGUACGAGGACUUCUCCGAUGUUGACAUGGUGAUCGAGGCGGUGCCAGAGAUCAUGGAUCUCAAGAAGCAGGUGUUCCUGGACAUGGAGAAGCACAUGCGCCCAGACGCCUUCAUAUGCACCAACACCAGUGGCCUCAACAUCGACGACAUCGCCUCCGUGCUGAAGGACCCCUCGCGGGUGAUGGGCUGCCACUUCUUCUCGCCCGCCAACGUUAUGCAGCUGCUCGAGAACAUCCGAACCAAACAUUCCAGCGACCUGACGCUGGCAACCGGCAUGGCGAUGGGGAAGCUCAUCGGCAAGAAGGCCGUCAUGGUCGGCAACUGCGACGGCUUCGUGGGCAACCGCAUGCUCGCUCCUUAUGCCAGCGAGGCCAAGCAGCUCAUCGAGGAGGGCGCCGAUAUCUUGCAGGUUGACGGGGUGGCGACGGACCUGGGGAUGGCCAUGGGCCCGAUUGCGCUGGGCGACCUGGUGGGACUCGAGCUCUUCUGGAAGCAGCGCAAGGCCGCUGGGGACAUGAAAAAGCAGACCAAGACCUACAUGGGCCCGUAUGAGCUCGGCGACUGGCUGUGCGAGAACGGUCGGUUCGGCAUGAAGACCCCCGACCCGAAGAUCAAUGCCACUGGCCGAGGCAUUUUCAUCCACCGCGGUCGCGACAAGCACGUCGAUCCUGAGGUGGUGGCCAAGAUAGAGGAGAUCAGGAAAGCCAAAGGGGUCACGCCGAGGAAGGUCGAGAACGAGGAGAUCAUGGAGAGGCUGUUUUUCUCACUGAUCAACGAGGGCUUCAAGAUUCUCGAGGAGGGCUUCGUGGCCAAGCCGUCCGACAUCGACAUUGUGUACAUCUUCGGCUACGGCUUCCCCCCCGCCAAGGGUGGGCCCAUGUUCUUCGCGGAGAACUACGUGGGGCUCAACAAAGUGCUGGAGAGGAUCAAGGUGUACGCUGCCGCGGCCAAGCAGAGAUACACCACGAACCCCGCAUACCUGCCGGUGGACUACUUCGAGCCCUCCCAGCUCCUGGAGGCGUGCGCCGCGGAGGAGGCCAAGGGCACCAAGGCGUGGCCCGGCACCUCGCUGAUCGAGAUGACGAUGAAGAAGUACCGGAAGCAGCAGCAGGC